UCUAUCGAGCCCUAUCAUAUUGAGCCCCUACUAGACUUCAACUGGCGCACAACCCCACCCUUAAAAUUCCGAAAUUUCAAAUCAAAAUACCAUCUAACAAUGGGCCUCACAAACACAACUUUCUCCGAACUCAUCCAAAUAGACUGCAACUAUCUCUCCCGCCUGUCUCUCCGCAAACAGAUCAUACGAGAUCACCAAGAGAUAGCAAUCCAAGCCCAUCCUUCCAUAACCCCCGCAGUAAACGAACUGUACACCUGGCUCGUAGGCACUUACCUGCCAACCCGGUUUCCCACCCUGUUUACUCUCUUCCCAGCCUCUCUAUACAAUACCGCAACAUCCCUCUCCCUCGCUCUCGCGCCUCCUUCGGACCCAGUCAAAACCCUAGAAAUCCUAGGUGAAAACCUGGACGAAGAUUUCCUCCUCCUCCUCCCUUCUGAGGACGGAGACGGGUAUAAACUCCGAGGUUACGUAACCUGCUUUCCCGCGGGCUUCAACACCCUCGAGAAAUUCGGAAAGAAAUUAAGGGAUAUCCACGCUCCUGUUCCAGGCUACAAAACCAAGUUAGAAAAGAGUAUGGAUCGUUUCUUUGAUAGACUUGAGGUGGGGAAGGUGGUUUUGAGGAGCAAUUGGAGUAUUACGACGCAUGAGAGGUUGUAUGCUGUGGGUGGAGGGAAUCAUCUUUAUGAAGGGGAGGUGCCGGAGGAUGAGGUGGUGGAUAUAAAUAAUACUUUCCUGAGAUGUGAGCGGCAGACGUUGCAUAGACUUCCAGAGAGUAGGGCACUGGUGUUUGCGUUCAAGACAUAUAUGUAUCCGAUUAGAGAGAUUAAGAAGGAGGGGAUGGGUAAGGAGUUGGCAAUGGCGAUUGAUGGGUUGAAGGAAGGGAGUGUGCCGGAGAUGAUGUUUUACAAAAGGGGGGUUGUGUGGGGGGAGGCGGUCAAGGAGUUUCUGAGGAACUGAGGUCGAUGGAAUAUGCAGGCGUCGGAGGUACAGAGGUUGAAUAGCUGGGCGUAUAUCCAUUUUGGAGCGCAAAUAGCGUCAGAUUCCGGAGAGAAGAGGAGAUUUGGCUUCCAUUUUCAAAUCCAGUUUCUGUAGUUCCUGGCCAUGAGAUUUUGUGAUGAUCCC